AUGCGCGCCUUACGCGUGCGACCCUCGCUUGCACGUGCCCGUCUCCCUCAUCCGCCGUUCCUGCACCCCACACGAUCCGCAACGAUAGCCGCCAACGAGGCCGCAACGAACGCUCGAUCAGCGGGCACGCGCACCAAGAACUUCGCAUACGGAACCAUCCUCGCUGUCGGACUGUCGUUUGGCUACCUCUACAUCACCGACACCCGCUCCAGCAUCCACGAAUGGCUCAUUGUGCCUGCAUUGCGCCAAAUCUACCCUGACGGUGAAGAUGCACACCAUGCGGGAACCCGCAUAUUGGCCGCUUUGCACAGCUUUGGCCUGAACCCCAGAGAACGUGGCGACGCCGACACAAAGGGCGACCUCGCCGUCGAGGUCUUCGGUCACACAUUGGCGAACCCCAUUGGAACAUCAGCUGGCAUAGACAAGGGCGCCGAGGUACCCACACCUCUACUGGAGCUGGGCGCAGGCCUGGUGGAAGUUGGCGCCAUCACCUUGCUGCCACAGGAAGGAAACCCUAAGCCACGUGUAUUCAGACUGCCCAGCCAGAAUGCGCUCAUCAACCGCUACGGCUUCAACUCCGAGGGUGCCGAGGCUGUCGCUCAGAGGCUGCGCCAGCGUGUCAGGGAGUUUGCAUACCACCAAGGCCUCGGUCUCGGCGAAGAGGCGGAGCAAGCGGUGCUCAACGGCGAAGCUGGCGUGCCUCCAGGCUCGCUGAAGCAGGGCAGGCUCAUGGCCGUUCAGGUCGCCAAGAACAAGACGACUUCUGAGAAUGACAUCGAUGCUGUUGUUGGCGACUAUGCAACCGCUGUUGGUCAUGUCGGCAAGUACGCCGACAUCCUCGUCGUCAACGUCUCUUCGCCCAACACACCUGGACUGCGCACAUUGCAGAAUGCCGAGCCUCUCACACGGCUGCUGAGCGGUGUUGUCGGCGCAGUAAACAAGCUCGACCGCAAGACCAAGCCCGCCAUCAUGGUCAAGGUCAGCCCAGACGAAGACUCGGAGGAGCAGGUCUCCGGUAUCGUCGAAGCAGUGUGGGACUCAGGUGUUGACGGUGUCAUUGUCGGCAACACAACCAAGAAGAGGCCUGACCCGCUGCCCGCAGGCUACCAGCUCCCCGCCGCAGAGGCUAAGCUGCUGCUUGAGCAAGGAGGCUACUCUGGGCCGCAAAUGUUCGAGCGCACACUCGCGCUUGUCAGCAAGUACAGAAAAGCCCUCGACGCUGGCCCGAAGCAGCUCCCCGCCCCGACAAAAUCAGACCCCUCCACGCCCUCGUCAAUGACCACAACGACCGUGGACCUCGACACACCAGCCCCCGCGUCCGCCUUCGACGACCUGUCCGAGUCGGCACCACAAAUCACUGUGCAAUCCACCCCUGACGCAGCGCCCGCGCCGAACGCGCCCCGUAAAGUCAUCUUCGCUACCGGCGGCAUCACAAACGGACGCCAGGCACGAGAGAUUCUGGACGCAGGAGCAAGCGUAGCGCAGGUCUACACGGCAAUGAUCUAUGGCGGUGCGGGUACCAUCAGCAGAAUCAAGCAGGAGAUGAGAGACGAGGCUGCCAAGCAAAAAACCGCGACGAAGAACCAGGAAGUCGUGGUCGGGAGAUGA